AGAGGUUAUCCGCAGAUGACUUGUAAGAAAAAUAAAAUUGUUUGAUUUGCUAGUGAUGAGUGUCUUAUUGUACGGAGUGGAGGUCUUGGGAUGAAAGAAUUAAGUUCACAGGCGCUCCUACCAAAAAAGGAGUGGGAGAACGGUGUGCAUGGACCUGGGCCAAAUCCCCCUGCAAUUAAAAGGAGCAAGAGUAGUCUUGAGAUAAAUGAAAAUUACAUUGACGGCCAUGUUGAAAAAUUACAAAAAAUCAAAAUUCCAUUCCCAAUUUGUACCAAUUACUAUUCACACACACCUUUUAUUGAAAAUUAUUCAACCAUUAAAUAUCAACAAGGAAAGAAUCGUCAGGCUCAACUAGAGGCUCAACCUGCAUCUGCAUCUGGAUCUCAAGAUGUGAAAGGAAAAGCGCCCAUGACAAAAUAA